AUGAAAAUACACAUAUACUUAAAAACAGUAGUAAUGGCUACCGCACAGACCGAGGUUAUUAAGAAAUUGGCUGAAUAUAUAAGGACUAAUCCAGAAUGCAAGGUGACAUUUAUGGUAGGUGCAGGGAUAUCUACUUCCUGUGGGAUACCAGAUUUUAGGUCACCAAAAACCGGGCUAUAUCAUAACCUAUCGAAGUUCAAGUUACCUUAUGCAGAAGCUGUAUUUGAUAUAGAUUAUUUUAGGAAAAACCCUAAGCCAUUUUAUGCGCUUGCGAAGGAACUAUAUCCUGAGAACUUUCAACCAUCUGCAUUCCAUUAUUUAAUGAGGUUAUUUCAAACACAUGGUCGAUUAAAGAGGAUAUAUACACAAAACAUUGACACUUUGGAACGAGCUGCUGGGAUAACUGAUGAGUUUAUUGUAGAAGCUCAUGGUUCUUUUGCGAAGAACCAUUGUAUCACAUGUAAUAAAGAAUAUCCGACGGACAUCUUCAAGAGAAAAUUACUAGAGGGGGAAGGCCCCGCAAGGUGUUCCGAUUGUAAAGGUCUAGUAAAACCAAAUAUUGUAUUCUUCGGUGAAGGUCUACCGAAUAAAUUUUUUUCCACGUGGGAUGAAGAUCUAGAAGAACUUGAAGACUACAAUAACAAUGUUAUAAUCGUCGCUGGUACUUCGUUAGUGGUUUACCCUUUUGCAUCUUUGCCUUCCGAAGUUCCUGAAAAUGUCACCCGUGUCUUAAUGAAUAUGGAAGUAGUAGGUGAUUUUGUAAAUCCGAGAAAAGAAGAUCUCAUAAUUCAAGGUUUCAGUGAUGAUAUAGCAACACAUUUGGCGCGGGAGCUUGGUUGGUACGAUGAACUACUAAAACUUACAAAACAUAAGACAUCGAAAGCAAAGGAAAUCCGGGAAUCAGAGAAAGAUACUGCGAUUCCUUUAGAUGGCAUUGUUUCAGAUACUAAGACGACCACUACUGAGUCAGAGAAGGUACCAAGAAAGGAAAUAGAAGUGACUGUUAAAGAAGAUGAAGAACACCUCUCAGUGUUAACCGAGCGUUUGGAAACACUAACAUUGAAAAAAAAUAACACAGCUCAUGAUGAGAAAAAGUAA